AUGGAGCGCCCUCUCAACGUGUUUGGUCGCCCCUUGACGCAGUGCGGCACGGACCCCAUGACGGGCUUCUACAGAGAUGGCUUUUGCAACACAGGUCCCGCUGACGGCGGCUCGCACACGGUAGCGGCGGUGGUCUCGCAGAAGUGGCUCGACUAUUCCGCUUCGAAGGGCAACGAUCUACGACCGAUCCUCUCACAAGGCUGCUCGUGGUGCCUUUGUGUGUCAAGGUGGAAGCAGAGCCUGGACGCGUUCAAGCGCGGAGAGCUGCCCAAGGAAGGCGUGCCAAAGGUCAAGCUGGAGGCUACACAUCAGCGAGCGUUGGAUGUCGUGUCUUUAGAUGAUCUCAAGCCUUUUGCGCUGGAGGAAGGUGGUGGACGCUCGGCGCUGGAUCCUGCUAUGGGUGGUCCGAUUCGUUGA